UGAGCAGCAGCCGGGCCAAGCAAGCUGCCAUCCAUGCUCAGCCUGUGGGGCUGAUGCAGCCGAGGGCUCAGUUGCUAGGCUUGGGAGCAAACACACCACCUAGUUCCCAUGCAGGGAAUGGGGACCUUCCGGCUGGGGAGAAGGACUGUGAUGUACAGGGUGGAAACAAUCCCCAAAGGGAAGAACCGAGUGCUGGGGACCAUCCAGAUCAUGACUGGCUUCAUACAUAUUAGCUUUGGGAUCAUUCUCAGCACCUUGACCAGUGUAUAUACCUCAUUCUUUGUGUCUGGAGAGAUCCCCUUCUUGGGAGGAGCAUCCUUCAUUGUCUCGGGAUGCCUCUCAAUUGGUGCUGAGAAGAGCCCUACAGAGUGUGCAGUGAAAGGCUCCCAAGCCAUGAAUAUCAUAAGUGCCAUCUUUGCAUUACUUGGAAUACUGGCUUUUAUAGUAGAUCUGAGCAUAAAUGGGCCAUUUCAUUCUGAUGAUAAUCAUCACUAUUCCCUGGUUAUGACAGGCAACAGGAUUGCCAUUGUAUUGUUGACAUUCACCAUUGUGGAAUUUUGCAUCGCAUCUGCCACUGCUUAUUUUUGGUGCCGGGCAACCCGCUCAGACUCCAAUGAGACUAUAUUGAUUGACCCAAACACCAUCAGGACAGAUACUGAGACCCCUUCUGGAGAAUCAUCAACAACAUAUCUGCCAAAUUCCAAUGAUGUAAGUUACGAUUUAAAAGUAGAGACUGUGUAGAAGACUCAAGAGGAAGAAUAUGUAUGGAGAAAUCACACCAGCUGCACCUCUUUUGAGGUGUCAAAGCUGGCCCUAUCCUGCAUGACAGAGUUCCGUCAAUUUCUGCCAGUAUUCUAGCUGUCAGGCCAAUGAGGCCAAAGGGACUAUCUCUCUCUUUUCUCCAGUACAGUCUCAGUUUUAGGCUGGGACUAAGAAGCAUGUGGCUUGAUAUGCUCUGCCUUGGACUAGGAGGUAACAUUCGAACUCCUUUUUUUGCAUAGGCUGCUUAUGGAGCUCACCAUGCUUCUGGCACAUGGAUUAUUGACAUGUCAAAGUAUGUUUGAAGAAAGUCUUGAUGAAGUAUUGGGGGUGGUCACAGCUGGAGAACCAGAGGAGAAUGUGGAGGAGAAGCAUGCAGGAGCACGGGCAAGUCAUGAGCGCAUCUUUUCUGCCUCUGGUUGGCUCUAUUGCUGACCCUGGAACAAAAUGAAAAAGAAACCAGUUUGUGAUGUUGAUUUGGAUGGGUCACUGCCCAGGGUAGCAGCUGAUUCAUAAAGAUUCUUUACCAAAGUUGAGCCUCUUGUGAAAUAGCCAGGUUAUGGGAAUGCUUUGGCCCCAAUCUCUGCAAAUGACCCCCUUGAUUUUCUAAAGCAUAGGUUCGAUGUAGAAAGCUACACCUGGGAAUUAAUGCACAGCAACACUUGAUUGGACUUGUGAAACUUGAUUGACAAUGCUGGAUUUUCUUGAAUACUGCAUACUACUACAUAUCUUUCAGUCAACUGUACAUACAUGCCCAUAAAAAAUAUUCAUAUAACAACUCCUGCCCUAGACAAUUGACUGCUACUUUGUUUCCUAGAGGGAUCAUACACAUUCUUUUUGUGAUGCGAUAGCUUGUAGAUAUAAUAAGCUUAAAAACACACGUUAUACAUUCCAGAUCAUUGAAUCUUACUCUAGCAUCAGUCAUUCUGGAGUUGGUUACUGCCAUUUAAUAUCUGAAGGUGAGCAAUGAUGCCCAUUGUUGGGGCAUGUCAGAAUUUUUUUGGCAACAUUCUGCACUCAUAGUCAUAGGUUUUCAUGAUGGACCUCUACCAUUUUCUCACACUAUUCAAGAUCAGCUAUGGCAAGGAGGCAGACCCAGGAGUAAGAGACACAAGUCCCCGCAGGACUAAUCUCUGUUCCUACAUUGCUAACUAGGAGGGGGUGAGACCUCUUGAUUUAAAGGGAAGUAAUUUUUCAACCAGUAAUUGUUCACUGGAAGUAGCAAGGCAUUUAGAGUAUUGCCUUGAACCUAGUUAUAUGUGAUUAGAGUCCCACUGAACUAUAAAUGCAACUUCAGUGUGCCCAACUGAAUGCAGGAAUGCAGCACAAUCCACCAUAAAAUUCUCCUGCUUGAGCACGAUUGAAUUGAACGGGAACUACACAACAGUAUGCACAGUGCUUUUGAACAGGUUGCAUUCCUUUCAAUGUGGCUUGGGAAAGACAGCUUCCUGGCUGAUCAUGCCCUUGGUCUCCAAGAAUGCUGGGCUGGGUGGUUGUUGGGUUUGUUUGGGGAUUUUGUUUUGGCUGCACAUUGUGUAAGUAGUAGUUGGUGUUUUUAAGAUUUUAUAUUGUUAUUAAGGAGCUGGGAAUGGCUAAAUCAGAAUCCAUUCCACUGGUCUCUGAGUGUCUUGGUUAAUGUUUCUUUAGAGCAUGUUUUCAUGGGAAAUUUCUACUAUUUAAUGCCUGUCUGUGAAACAGGGAUGCCUAAUCUUGAGUGACCUCACUGACACCUGAAUCUUGUAGCUGUUUAAUAUGGUCCUAGACAAAUUUAGGUUUUAGAGUCUGCAGCUGAUUCACUCUUUCUAGUUCUCAUCUUGCUUUU